AUGGCGGACAAGGAAUCGACCGUUUUCAUCAUUGACCUCGGCGCGUCCAUGAAGGCCACCAAUGGAGGGCGAAAGGAGUCGGACCUCGACUGGAGCAUGAGCUAUGUGUGGGACAAGAUCAGCAACGUCGUGGCCUCGAACCGCAAGACUCUGUGUGUUGGUGUUGUGGGACUCAGAACCGACGAGACCAGCCAUACUCUGGCCGAAGAUGGCUACGAUCACAUCUCCAUCUUGCAGCCGCUGGGGCCAAUGUCCAUGUCCGGCUUGAAGACUCUGCAGCCCAAGAUACAGCCGAGCAAGACCACCGAAGGCGACGCCAUAUCGGCCAUUGUGAUUGCGGUCGAUAUGAUUGACACCUUUACCAAGAAAAACAAGUGGAAACGGCAGAUAUGUCUUGUUACAGACGUCUUGGGUGUCGACUUUGAUGCUCCUGACUACGGCUAUAAAGAGGAAGAUAAACCAGCAGUAAAGAAACAAAAUGAGGAGACGCUCAAAAAGCUCGUGGACGGCUGUGGUGAAGACGCCCGAUUCGCCUCCAUUGUCGAAGCGAUUGAUGACAUGAAUGAGCCACGAGCAAAAUCAGUCAAGCCAUACAAGACAUACGAUGGCUCACUGACUCUGGGAGACCCGAAAAACGCCCCCGCAGUUGUUGAGGUUCGCGUUGAAAGAUACUUCAAAACUCAUCUCGCUAGGCCGGUAACAGCCAGCACUGUGGUAGUCAAAGAGGAGCAAGCUGGGCCUUCGCAGGCGGCAGAUGACGAGCAGAUGGAGGGGGUAGAGCUCACAGCCGUCAAGCAGUCCAGAACAUACAAAGUCAACGACCCAGAUGCCCCCGGCGGCAAGCGUGAUGUUGAGUUUGAAUCUCUGGCCAAGGGGUACGAAUACGGCAGGACAGCCGUGCACAUAAGCGAGUCUGAUCAUAACGUUACCAAACUACAGACGCAGAAAAGCUUCAAGAUUAUUGGAUUUAUACCGAAAGAAAAGUAUGAGCCGCUUCUUAACCUCGGCGAGUCAUGUGUUACUAUUGCAGCCAAAUACGACGAGAAGUCGGAAUUGGCAUUUAGCUCUCUAGUAUGGGCACUGUCAGAGCUUGAUUCCUAUGCUGUGGCCCGUCUGGUGACAAAGGACGAAAAGGAUCCUAUAAUGGUGUUGCUGAUGCCAUAUUUGGAGCCUAAUUAUGCUUGCCUCUAUGACGUCCCUCUACCCUUUGCAGAGGAUGUCAGGUCGUAUCAGUUUCCUCCCCUGGAUAGAGUUGUUACUAUUAGCGGCCAAACAAUCACCAAGCAUCGCCUAUUGCCGUCAGAUGAACUCAGCCAGGCAAUGAGCGACUAUGUGGAUGCCAUGGACAUUUCCAACUAUGGCAUUGACCAAGACGGAGAGCCAGCUGAAUACGCCACCAUUGAUGAGAUUUACAACCCUGCAAUACAUCGCAUCAAUCAUGCAAUCAAGCAGCGGGCAGUCCAUCCGGAGAGACCUGUGCCAGAAAUACCGCCCGUCUUGCUCAGAUUCGCAGCGCCUCCGACAGAGCUAGUAGAGACUGUCCAGGCUACGAUUGACUCCCUAAUUAAAGCUGCAGACGUGAAGAAAGUGCCACCCAAGGCUAAAGGCAAGCGCCAAAGAGAAGCCGUUAAACCCAUCUCAGGCCUAGAUGUGGACGCUCUGUUGGGAGGAGAAAAGAAGGGAUCAAUCAGCCCCGAGAAUGCAAUUCCCGAUUUCAAGCGGGCCUUGAACUCGUCAGAAGAAGUCGAGCAGAUUGCUGAUGCGACAAAGCAAAUGGGAGCAAUUGUGCAAUCUCUCAUCACGGAUAGCUUUGGAGAUAACAAAUACGCCCAGGCAAUGGAGAGCAUCGGUGUAAUGAGGGAAGAGCUGAUAAAUCUGGAAGAGCCCGGCCAGUACAACGAAUUUGUGCGAGACCUAAAGAAGAAACUGCUCUCUGGAACCCUGGGUGGCGAUCGACGGGAUUUCUGGUUCAAGAUGCGAUGGGCAAAACUGGGAUUGAUCAUCCAGAGCCAGUCAGAGGCGUCUACGGUUACUCUUGAAGAGGCAGAUGAGUUUUACAAGUCGAGGUGAAGAUCG